UGGCGGCAGAGCCGGCUGCGCGUCUGCCGCCGAUGCCCUUCCCUCAUGGCGGCGUCGGACCGGCCGCCUGCGCAGGACUGCCGUACGUCUUCCCCCGUCGCCGCGUUGCCUCUCCGUCCUCUCCUCCGCAGCUUCCCAACCGUUCCCCUCUCAACUCUCGACCUCUCCUCUCUACGUGGAACACCAUGACCGUCGCCGCCGAGGUCGACGCAUCCCCUGACGGAGAGGAGAGGAGGAAGCAAGCUUGCAAUCGCACAACCAUCUAUCGAUUUCUCCCUUCCUUCUCUUUCUUCUUUCUUUCUUUCGUUUCCCCCUCUCACAUGUCAGGUUAUUUUUUCUCCUCAUCCUCUCCGGAUGAUUUCACUUUUGCUCGAAAUCUCUCAGGUUGUUGUUGUGUUGAAGGUGGCGAAGGGGGAAACUUUGGUGGUGGUGGUGGCCGGAGUGGAGGAUGGCGGCAGCGGUGGCGAUGCCCGAUGCGGAGCGGCAGCGGCAGUGACGGCAGCGGGUACGACAAGGCCGGGAUGGACUCCGGCAAGUACGUGCACUACACGCCGGGUCAGGUGGAGGCGCUGGAGCGGGUGUACGCCGAGUGCCCCAAGCCCAGAUUCUCUCGCCGCCAGCAGUUACUCUGCGAGUUAUCCAUCCUCGCCAACAUCGAGCCCAAGCAGAAGAUCAAGGUCUGGUUCCCAAAACAGAAGCCUACAAAUGUUUGACAAGAAGAGGAUGAAAGAGUGACAUAGGCGAGCUCUGUAGCAUAUAUAGAAUGUUUGCUAUCCACUGGUACAUCUUUAACCCGAGCCUACCUACUGUAUAGAUGUGUUUAGUACGUGCUUACUAUGCUUAAUUUUGGGGAUAAUAUAGUACGACGUGUAAGAAAAUUCAGAACUAUGUUGUAUGCUCUAGCUGAAUUUGUUUACUUCCUACAAAAAAAUGGAUGAACUACUGAUCCAGUUCAUGUUGUGAUCCUCCUCCAAGGAGUUUUUUUUU